AAUAGUGCUACCUAAGUUAAGCGACAGGUACCAGCCGCUUGUCUGCGUACAGUUGGACAAAUUUUAAGAUUAUAGACAAUAAUAUUUUUUUGUAGCUAUGUUAUAACUACGUGUACGUAACACACUGAAGGUAAUUUCGUGUCAUUAGCUCACUUAGCUAGCAGGCUAAUUUGUGUUAGCUAGCUAGCUAGCCACCUUGUUAGCUAACGAAAACGUCACAAGAGGAAAAUCGGAAACAAACGCGGUGGUCAGUUGAAAAAAAAGGCCCCGCUGCUGUCUUUUUCUGGGAAAUAAACCCACCAGCAGUGCCAGGAUGAAUGUCGCUAAAAGUGGUUAUCGCGUCUUUUCCGCAAACUCCUCCGUGGCAUGCACAGAACUGGCUAAGAAGAUAACAGAGCGGCUGGGAGUUGAACUGGGGAAGUCUGUGGUCUUUCAGGAGUCUAACAGAGAAACUAGAGUUGAUGUGAAAGAAUCAGUUCGUGGACAAACUAUCUUCAUCAUCCAGACCAUACCACGAGAUGUCAACACGGCCAUCAUGGAGCUGCUGGUUAUGGCCUACGCCCUCAAGACCUCUUGUGCAAAGAACAUCAUUGGAGUCAUCCCUUAUUUUCCGUACAGCAAACAGUGCAAGAUGAGAAAGAGGGGCUCAAUAGUGAGCAAGUUGUUAGCUUCAAUGUUGGCGAAAGCAGGAUUAACACACAUCAUCACCAUGGAUUUACAUCAGAAGGAGAUCCAGGGCUUCUUCAGCUUUCCAGUGGACAACUUGCGCGCCUCCCCUUUCUUGAUUCAGUACAUCCAAGAAGAGAUUCCUGAUUACAGAAAUGCCAUCAUUGUGGCAAAGUCCCCAGCAGCAGCUAAAAGGGCUCAGUCCUAUGCGGAGCGUCUGCGUUUGGGUCUGGCUGUGAUUCACGGUGAGGCUCAGUGUUCAGAGUCCGACAUGGCUGACGGAAGACACUCCCCGCCAUGUGUACGCAACACCACGGGACACACGGGACUGGAGCUUCCUUCAGGCAAACAACAAGCUCCGUUCCCUGGCAUAGAGCUCCCAAUAAUGAUGGCCAAAGAGAAACCUCCCAUAACUGUAGUCGGAGACGUGGGAGGGAGAAUUGCCAUCAUUGUGGACGACAUUAUAGAUGAUGUCGGAGACUUUGUUGCAGCUGCUGAGAUCCUGAAAGAGAGAGGAGCCUAUAAGAUAUAUAUCAUGGCCACACAUGGCUUACUGUCUGCUGAUGCUCCGCGCCUCAUAGAGGAAUCCGCCAUUGAUGAGGUUGUGGUGACUAACACGGUCCCCCAUGAAGUGCAGAAGCUACAGUGUCCCAAAAUCAAGACUGUGGAUGUCAGCAUGAUACUGGCAGAGGCCAUCCGCCGUAUCCACAACGGAGAGUCCAUGGCCUACUUGUUCCGCAACAUCACCGUGGACGACUAAAAGAGCGUCGGAGAGGGUGAGGUGGGUGUGAAAGUGACUGAAGGCAGGUGCACUCCCUCGCAGUGCUGUAAAAGCAUGCUAAUGCCAUGUUCCACGUGUUAUAUGUAGGGAUUACAUGUAUCUGAAUUCAUUGAAAGAAACUUAAAUAGCAGGAGCUACCCGAAGUUAUUUAACUGCUUAUGCAGAGGUUUAAAAAUGUAUUUAUUCUGUAAAGAUGAUAAAAUAGCAAAAAAGUGACUUUCACUUUUGAUGCGUUUAGUCAUACUUUGAAGUCUCCCCUCGCCUUGCUGCUCUUCUUGCUUUUCCGACUUGAACAAAAGAUGCUUUGUAUUUAAAAGAAAUUAUUUUGUCAUACACUGCGGUACCUCAAACUUAAUGACUAAGCUUCAGCUGCAAAAGAGAACAGAGAAAUGUCUCCAUUAACAGGACUUUAUGCUUUUCUACCCGAUUUCCAGACGCUCUUGCUGGCCCGCAUGAUCAGGGCCGUUCAGCACUGUGAUGUCUUUGCAUUUGAUGCGGUUUGUUGUUUCUAACCACACAGACAAACUCCUUAUUGGUGACCAAAAUAUAUUUUUAUGCAGCUUUUUUUUUUUUUUUGCACUAUUUGUGGGGAUGUCUGGUGUGACGAUGUCACGCAAGAAGUUUCUCAGCAUCUGUAGAAAGUCAUGGAUCAUGAUUAUAUGUUGUGUAUAUUCGGGGGUCAGUAAAACUAAAUAACAAAAAAAAAAAUAUUUUCCCUACUUACUCUUACUUCUGUCUAGCUGCUUUGAGGAAUCUGCUUCUGUGGUCCCUGCUGUUACCACAUUACAAUGGAGGUUAAUUUAACUUUAUUCCUGGUCGUCAAAGUUUAAUUAUACUACGUUUAAAAAGGUGAGAUGUGGUCCUCAAAGAAUUUAAAGAUUAUAUUUGAAAAACGCAGGAUAAACUGCAGAUUAAUUAAGUACCUUGGACAUUAUUUCUGGAAAGCCAAGUAUUUAAAAGAUAUGUACUACAUUAAUAAAAUUCCAUUCACUUCCAUUAUAUUGUGCCUUUAGCAGUAGUCUUAAGGCCAAACACACGCCGAACGGCACGUGUCAAAACAGGCGCAGCUAUUAUUGUCUGUGUACAACCACACACUGGUGGCUGCUAGUUACGCCUUGGCUUCCACUGCAGCUCUUCUUCUCUGCUCCCACGGCAGCUUGACUUCUUGUCUCACCUUUACUGUCGCUGUCUUUCUCGUGUGUCUGAAAGAAAGGAUGAGGUGAGAGUCAUAGAUGAGGUCGAGAAAUAUCUAAAUAUGACCCACAAUCCUGUCAUUAUAAAGACAAUAGCGUAAAAAAUAUUGCCCGGUGAGCCACAGCUGUGGAGAUUAGGUGAGAAAUAAAGUUGAAGUAGUGUCCACACAUGAUAUUAACUCUUUGAAACCUGAGCAAAUUGACUUGAUCUCUCUUUUAAAAACACUGAAAGAAUUUACAGGUUUAGAGUUAAAGGAAAACAACCUAAAAUUUAGCCAAAAAAAAUCUAAAUGCAGCACGAGAAAACUGAUGUUGUUCCAGGUUUCGAAGAGUUAAAUUGGAGCAGUGGUGGAAGAAGUACGCUAAUCUUUGACUCUGGUAAAAGCUGUAAAAAAGCGACGCUUCCUGCUGGCUCUAGCUUUUCAUUAUUAGAAUUAUUUUACUGUUAAUAGUCUGUACUGACCCUUUAAUAUACUCUCUAGCAGUAGACUGAACAUACAGUGCUUAUUUAAAUGGGUGUGAUUUGAAAUCACGUUGCAUGUGAAUUCAUAAAGAACUGAAAUUGAUGUAGCCAAUUAACUACAAACCUUUACUCAAAAUAUUACUGCUGACUGUUUUUCAAAGCACAGAAAAGAUUGGGAACAUUACCGAUCGUAGUGAACCGACUGCUGGUUUGUCCUUUUAUCGCUCUGCACUUUCAUUAUCUGGUGAUAUGAUGAAAAAAUCUGCUUGUCUGAUGGGCUUAUCCACAGAGAUGUUAACGAUUCUGUUAACCGAGCUUGUGUAUCGGCAGAUACAAAGUACUGAUCCAAUACCGUUGAUUUAAAAGAUUUAAAAGACACUAUUAACCCUGUAUGAAUGUGAAAUGAUUACUCUCAUUAUUGCUGUUACCCAGUUGAAACCUGAUCAAAUUGCCCUGAACUCUUUUAAAAACAUGGAAAGAAGGCAAAGAGCAGCUUGAAAAAAAA